GUACCUCUUAUUUCGAUUCUUUUGAAAUAUAUAGCAUAAAUAUUAAUCAAUUUGUUAAUCAAUCAAUCAGUUAUUCAAUUUGGUAAUAAAAACAUUCAAGAAUAUAAUAAUAUAGUAAUAUCGCUCUACAGUAAUGAUAUUACCGAAAAGUGUUAUGUAUAUACCGAGAAAUUAUGCAUAUAUUAUAAAAAUUUUGACUUUUGACGUCUAUCGAUAUUUGACGUCUAAUAUAUGAUUGAAAUUUGUUUUCUUUGCCAUCUUAAUAAAGAUAAAUACGAUACCGAUAUACAAUUGAUAAAGAAGUUAUUUCGGUAUUCAAUCCUCGAUGUCAACAAAUUUAACAUGUUAAUUAAUGUAAUUUCAGAGAAGCUAUUCUAUAUAAAAGAGAAUUUGUCAAUAAAUAUUCAAACAAGUAUAAUGUGUUUACGUAUAUUAAUAAGGAAGAUGAUUUAUCGUAACAUCGGCUGUCUAAUGUCUCGUUGCUCACGUAGUAUAUGCUUUUAACUACUACCGCCUAGGAUUACGAAAGAAUGCAGGGGAAUCGUCAAUAUGUUCAAAGGUGGGGGUCACAUCGAUGGGUACGAGAACGUCUUUCUUCGACCCGCUUCAUUCAUGUUUUGUGGUGUCAUCCGGUAAUACCGUUGAAGAAAAUCGGCUUUCUUCGCAUAACCGAUACGCAAAUCGCGAAGUUUCUCGACGUUCUCGCGAAAUAACUAUAUAUAAUUUAUUAACAUUAUAAUUUUACGCGAGAGUUUGGUGUUUAGAUAAUUGUUUGAGAAUUUGUCCCAAAAACGAUAACGAUUUUUACGGCAAAAGAAAGGAGACUUUUUUCCCGUCACACAGUUUUUGCAGACUUGAAGGUGUUGUCAUGAAAAAUAUUCACGAAAUUUGGUAGAGCUAAUCUUAAAUAUGUAGAGGUUGAUUUACAUACAGUGAAAAAAAAACAUCUAAUUGUAAUGAAACAUUUCUAAAUUUUUAAUAACAAGCUUCUUGAUGUUUAAACAAUCCCUCAAUUGUAACGAUGCGGAACAGAUCACCGAAUAGCAAGGUAUCCGUCGUUAAACAAACGGGAAUCUGGCCAUGGCUUUAUUGAAAUGAUUCUCCCGCUUUAUGCAUGCGCAAAUAACGGCUCGUACAUACAUACGUCAAAGUUUGCAGUUCUCUCCAGUCGAAAACUCGAAAGACUUGUUGAAGACGUACGCUUCUUAAGAUUGAAGGCCACGAAUCGAUGGCGACCGGAAGUCUCGUUCGACCGAGUCGGAAGCCCAACAAGAUCUUUCAACAUGAAAUGAUUAGUUGAAGAAUAAAAAAGCUUGAAGAAAAUCAUAAAGAAAUUUCUUCAGUAAUCAAUUCUCGAAACGCUCGUUGAUAACUCUCGACAGAAGAGUCAUGAGAGUUCAAGUAAUUUACUUAUAUCUGGCCAUCGUUGGCUUUCAUCCGUGCAGUUGCGUGUCCUUUAUGGAUUUCUUGUACAGAAUAAUUCAAGCAGGCAAGAAAAAAAUCGAUGCAGAUGGAUUUCCGAGUUAUGUGAUACAGAGUGGCGUACGAAGGCAACCGAUAAUCCCUGACAACUUUUCGUUUCCUUGCACCGUGCGUUCUGGCAGGUCCUUGACGAUACCAGACAACGUUCAUCGAUUGAGACCGGGCGACAUCGAUGUGAUCGGUGGUCUUGGUGAUUCCUUAGUCGCCGGAAACGGCGCCAUGGAAGAGUUCGCUGUAGGAACCUUCAUCGAGGCACGUGGAGUCAGCUGGUGCGCCGGAGGUCAAGGUGAUUGGAGGCACUUCCUCACGCUUCCUAAUGUUUUGAAGUUAUUCAAUCCGAAAUUAACCGGAUACUCCACGGAUACGGGUGAGUUUCAUUCAACCACGGCGAAAUUGAACAUCGCCUUCCCAGUUGCUGCUACGGAGGAUGUGUUGCAGCAAGCGAGAAUCUUGGUGCAGAGGAUUAAGAACGAUCCGAAAAUAAAUGUAAAGAAACAUUGGAAGCUUAUAACGAUUCUCUUUGGAGCUAACGAUAUUUGUUCGGCACAAUGUUACGGUCCGGAACAGUUCUCGCCAAUGCGUUAUGCCCUGCAUUUACGAAGAGCGCUUGAUUUUUUAAGGAUUGCGCUUCCUCGAACGCUAGUCAAUCUGAUUCCACCCAUAGAUGUUACGGUCUCCAUUAGAGUAAAACAAAGUCUCUCGUGCAAAAUAUUGCAUCCCCUUUAUUGCGCUUGUAUGCAUGAGGGUAAUCAGCCGGAAAUUGACGCGUCGCACAUGUCACGGCUUUAUCAGCAAGCCAUCGAAACUUUAGUAUACUCAGGAAGAUACGAUAAAUUUCCGGAUUUCACGGUAGUAUUACAGCCAUUUACUAAAUUAUUCAAUGCACCUAAUGCAGAUCCUAUUCAUGCACCGCCGAUCGAUUCUACUCUGGUCACAUACGAUUGUUUCCACUUCAGUCAGAAAGGACAUGCGCUCGGUGCCAAUCUUUUGUGGAACAAUAUGUUGGAACCAGUCGGAAACAAGACGGACAGCGGAAUACCGAAGAUAUUGGAGAGAGUACUCUGUCCUACAGAGAAUGCACCCUAUUUCUUCACGAACGUUAAUUCGCGCUUUUUCCAACUGACCGGUAGACAAGAUGAAAUUACACCUAGAUAGCGUAAGUUUCGGCAGAUCGACCAUAAUUUACGAAAAUAUUUAUGCGAUGCAUAAUAAGAUGCCGAAAAAAUUAGAUAUAAAAAU